AACCCUUCCCAUUUCCACUUUCUUCACCUCCAAAUCUUCUAUGUGCCCAAAAGAAAAAUCUUCUUAUAUCCCCUUCUCAGAAACAAGUCCCUUAACUUUGUGCAGUAACUUUAUGUAAUUUGUAGCUGUCGCACUGAUACGUGAAUUAUACCGACAGCACAAAAUUAAAGUAUAUUAAGUCACAUGAUAACUUUGAGUCACUGACGUAUAGUAGCCAUCUUUACAUGAACCAUAUGCUGUAAAGUCACCUGACCUGAGGAGGGGAUCUCAUUCCUCUCCCUACACCCGGGCACCCGGCGGCCGGCGGUGGAGCUCCACCCCGACGAGCCCACCCCGCGGCAUUGUCUGCUGCUAAAGCCGAGCUCUACGGGUGAGCCGGUGAGGCACGGCCACACGAGCACCCACCCCCAUGGACGGAGACCACGUUGGGAGGAAGGCCACCACCAUCAGCGCUCGGGGCGCCGAGGAGCAGCCGUUCGGAGGAGCAACGAGUUGUUCACAGGCGCCGCCUAUCUGAUCUGAUGCAGCUUCGGGUGCUCCCGAACGCCCGCGCGGCCCUCAUCCGCGCGGUGGCGGAUGCCCCCGGCCGCCGCGAGGAGCAGGCCCUCCACUGCCUCGCCUGCAAGCUGGGCCUCGCCGGCGAUGCGGUGCUGGCCACCGCACUGCUCACCCGCUACGCCAGGCGCGGCCUCCUGGAUCCCGCCCGGAGGCUGUUCGACGAAAUGCCUCGCAGGGAUGCGGUCGCGUUCAACGCCAUGCUGGCCGCGCUCGUCGCGUCCCGGAGGAUGGCCGACGCACGGGAGCUGUUCGAGCGGAUGCCGGACAGGACCCCCGCCUCGUGGAACACCAUGGUUACGUGUUACUGCAAGGCCGGCGACCUCGGCUCCGCCAGGGAGGUGUUCGAGGCGAGCCUCGGGGCGACGGCGAGCAAUGUCGUGUCGUGGAACACGAUGAUCGAUGGGUACUGCAAGGCCGGGAGAAUGGACGCUGCGCAGGAGCUUUUCGAUUGUAUGGGCUGCUCUUUCUCCUCUUCCCCGUCGCCGGACGUUGUCACAUGGAACACGAUGAUGGCCGGGUAUUUGCGCCGAGGUGACCCCGCUACCGCCAUCGCCAUGUUCCGCCGGUUGAUGCGACAGACAGUGCAGCAACAGACGCUCAUGAUGCCCACCACGGUCACCAUAGCCACCGUGGUGACCGCGUGCACGCAGGCAGGGGACUUUGCCUUUGGCCGGCGAGUCCAUCACUACAUCCGUCAGCUCGGGACAAGGAUCGACGCCGUGCUAAGCAACGCCCUCAUCGACAUGUACUUCAAGUGCGGGAGCGUGGACCGCGCGCUCGACGUCUUCGCCACCAUGCCCGACGGCCCCAACCUCUUCUGCUGGAACACGGUGAUCGCGGGGCUAGGCAUGAACGGCCGCGGCGAGGACGCCGUCAGGGCGUUCCACGACAUGGUCGGGAGGAGUCGAACGUGCCGCGGGAUCAUCCGGCCCGACGGGGUGACGUUCGUGGCGCUCCUGUCGGCGUGCAGCCACUCCGGCCUGGUAGCGGAGGGCCGGAGGUUCUUCGCCGAGAUGGUGCCGGUCCAUGGCGUCGAGCCCCGGGAGGAGCACUACGGCUGCAUGGUCGACCUCCUCUGCCGCGCCGGACUCCUCGGCGACGCCGUGCGCGUCGUGCGGGCGAUGCCCGUCAGGCCGAACGCCAAGAUUCUCGGGUGUCUCCUGCUUCACGCCCGCCGCUUGUCGUCGGCGUCGGAGGAGGACGGCGUCAGGGUGGGCGAGUGGGUGGCGGACCGGAUAUCGGAGCUGGACCUGGACGACGGCGCUGCCUAUGGCCUGUCCAACAUGUACGCCUCGUUGCAGAGGUGGGAUCAUGUGGAGAUGCACCGGAUCAAGGUGAACGCGGCGGUGCGCCAUAAGCAGCCUGGUCAGAGCAGCUGCAUGAUCUAGCAGGCUGCAAGAACUGAAGAUUAUUGCUAGCCUGGGAUUGAUGACAAUUGUCGUCAAUUGCUGUCAAUGAUGUACCUGGUAGCUAUGUACAGGUAUUCGAUUUUCCUCUAAGGGCCCCUUUGAAUUGGAGGAUUUGCAUAGGAAUUUUGGAGGAUUUAAUUUCCUAAGGAUUUUUUCCUAUCAAACCCUUUGAUUCAUAGGAAAGUAUAUGAAAUUUUUCUUAGGAUUGCAUUCCUAUAGCUCAAUUUCAUAGGAAAAUAAGCAAGAGAUUCAACCUCUUGGAAACUAUCUUUUGCUUUGUUUGUUUCCUAUGGUGCUAUCAAAGGGACCCUCUUCAUCC